UUAAAACAAAACCCAAAAAUUCAUAAAAAAACCAAAAUUACUUUUUUUAUGUUUGAAAAAAAAACAAAAAUAAAGUUUUUUUUCUUUUCUCUUCCCUCUUCUUCUCCCUCCUACCCCAAACUCCCAAUCACAUUUACAAAAAUCUUAAUUUCAAAAUUUCGCCUUUUUCAAAUCCAUUUUCAACUCUAUACAAAAAGAAGUAGCUUGGGUACUUUAUCCUUUCAGUUGUUGAGUCCUAUUUUUCUGAUUAACGCUUCUGUUACUUUUUUUUGGUUGGGUUUUCUUGAAAGGUGGGGUUUUGUUUACUUUCGUGUAUAGUAUAGCUAUUCUUUUCUUUGAUUCUUUGCCCAUCAAUUUUAUUUCUUAACUUCUUUACCAGAUUCCCCACCUGAGUUUUUUUUUUAGUUACUAGUAUUAUUUUUAUUUUGUUUCACACACCCACAUGCAUGUUCUUCAGUUUGUCUGAUCUGGAUUGGAUCACAAGGUUCUAUCUUUUUGCUUUCUUUUUUCUAAUUUGAAGAGGAGUAAGAGAGAAGAGAAACGGAGAGGUCUUUGGUGGGGUUAAGUGCUUGAACAAUCUCUUCUUUCUUUUCCGGGAGCAAUCUUUGGUUGCUUAGAAGAAGAGGAGAAAAAAGGAACAAGAGAGGGAUAGUCUACUGCUGCUGUGCUUGCAUUGUUGGGGGUUUUGAAUUGAAGAUUGAGUUUUCUAGUGUUGAAUGAUUGAAAUUGGGUUUUAACGGGAAGAGCUUUUCUUGGGGUUGGUAGCAUAUUUGGACUCCUGAGGCACGGCGGGUAUGGAUGUUUCGAAGUAUGCACAUAGCCCUGUGCACAAGGCUGUUUACAUGAGGGAUUAUGCCAGUCUCAGGAGGAUACUCGCGGCUCUCCCACGACUUGGUAACCCGGCUGAGAUUCGAACAGAAGCAGCGUCAUUGACUGAGGAAGAGAAGGCUGAUGCGAUCUGCGCUUUGAUUGAUAGGCGUGAUGUUCCUAACCGGGAUACCCCUCUCCACUUGGCUGUUAAACUUGGUGAUGAAACUGCAACGGAAAUGCUUAUGGUUGCCGGUGCUGAUUGGAGCUUGCAAAAUGAACAAGGAUGGAGUGCACUCCAAGAAGCAAUUUGUAGUAGGGAGGAGGCUAUUGCUAUGAUUAUUGUUCGACAUUACCAGCCUUUGGCAUGGGCAAAAUGGUGUAGAAGGUUGCCUCGCUUGGUGGGAACUAUGCGAAGGAUGAGAGACUUUUAUAUGGAAAUCACAUUCCAUUUUGAGAGUUCUGUGAUACCUUUCAUUUCCAGGAUUGCACCUUCAGAUACAUAUAAAAUUUGGAAGAGGGGGGCAAAUUUAAGAGCUGAUAUGACUUUGGCUGGAUUUGAUGGAUUCAGAAUUCAGCGUUCAGAUCAGAGUCUUCUUUUCCUUGGUGAUGGUUCUGAGGAUGGGAAGGUUCCUCCUGGAUCGCUUUGCAUGAUCUCACAUAAGGAUAAAGAGGUGAUAAAUGCUUUGGAUGGUGCUGGUUCCCAAGCAACUGAGGAAGAGGUUCGACAGGAAGUGGUUGCAAUGUCGCAGACUAAUAUAUUCAGGCCUGGGAUAGAUGUGACACAGGCAGUUCUUUUGCCACAAAUGACAUGGAGGCGACAAGAGAAAACAGAAAUGGUGGGUGCCUGGAAGGCUAAGGUGUAUGAUAUGCAUAAUGUCGUUGUUAGCAUCAAAUCUAGGAGGGUGCCUGGAGCCAUGACAGAUGAUGAGUUCUUUGCAACUUCCAACGAAAACGAAAUGGAGAGUGAAGAGCUUGAUGAGUUAUUGACAGAAGAUGAAAGGAGACAACUUGAAGUUGCUCUUAAGUUGGAUUCUUCAGAACUAUCCAAUGAAAAUGGUGAUGGCAUUAUUGGGCAUCGUCAUAGUUGUUAUGAGUCUAGGGAAAUUCCUAUUGAAGAGUCCAAUGGUUAUAAAAAUGGAGAGACUAAACAGGAGAAGAAAGGAUGGUUUAGUGGAUGGAGGAAACGGGAGACGAAGCAUGAAGUACAGAGGAAGAUUGUGCCACCUAGAAGUUCUCUCUGUGUAGAUGAAAAGGUGAGUGACCUACUCGGAGAUUCUCCAUCUGGGAGUCAGAUCAAACCUGGUAGACAUUCUGUGGAGAUUGUGGCAAGGGAUGAUCAUCGGAGGAUAAGAGAUUCGAGAACAUCUACUUCGAUAAGUUUGGAGGGUGGAAAUCGGCGUAAGGACAGUGGCCGUGAGAAUGAGUAUAAGAAAGGAUUAAGGCCUAUUCUUUGGCUUUCGCCAAACUUCCCACUACAAACUGAAGAACUCCUGCCAUUGCUAGACAUUCUUGCAAACAAGGUUAAGGCAAUUCGUCGAUUAAGAGAACUGCUCACUACCAAGCUUCCAGCAGGAACUUUCCCUGUCAAGGUUGCUAUCCCUGUGGUUCCAACAAUCAGAGUGUUGGUUACUUUUACGAAGUUUGAAGAACUACAGCCUGUGGAUGAGUUCUCGACACCCCCUUCAAGUCCCACUGCUGGCCGAGAAAGCCCUGCGGUGACACAUUACUCAAGUUCGUCUUGGUUUCAGUGGAUAAAGGCACCAUAUCACCGCCCUAGCUCAUCCACUUAUAAUUGCAAUAAGAUAGAAAAUCUUCAAGAUCCAUUUGCAAUUCCUCCAGAUUAUACUUGGAUUACAGCUGAAGCAAAGAAAAAGAAGAUGCAGGAGAAGAGCAAAUCAAAGAAAGGUAAGAGUCAGAAUCAUUGAAGGCAGGCUAAGAACCAGAUGUAAGCAAGUUCUUAGCUUUCGAAAGGAACUCCGGCCGAUACCAAACAGGAAAUAGUGUUUCAUUAAUCCAUAAAAAUUGUGUUUCUGUUAAUGAAAAAGGAAUUAGAAAAAUAGAUAAUUGGGGCUGUGUUCUAUGAAGUGGAUGAUCCCUUCUGUCUUGGGAAAAUUUGGUAUAUCAUUGUGGGGGUAGAAAAAAAGGUGAAAAUAGAAUGUGAUUCUUACAGCAUUUGCAUGGCAUUUGGUGGGAUGUUACACUCUUUGGAUUACUGAUUUACAUCAUUACGUGUGACUAACUUUUGACAACAGUUACUGACAGAAUUGGCAAAGUUUUAUUUCUGGCAGCCGAGUCAA